AUGUUUAAUUUCAAAACAAAACUUUCACUCAACGAUUAUUUUAUUCUAUUUGAAAAAAUUCUUCAUGAUGAAAGUAAUUUGCAAGACAAUCUUGAUCGUAUACAAAGAAUUUAUUCUCUUAUUCUUAAUGAUAUUUGUUCUUGGUCGGUCGAUGACCAAAGAAUCGUAAAAACACAAGCAAAUUCAUUAUAUCUAGUAUGUGAAAACAAUCAAUGGAAAUUGGGAAAAGCUAUCAAACGGUUCGGAUCUUUUACAACAUUGCCAUCGGAGUUAAUCCAACCGGUUUCCUAUUUUCAAAAUAGAGAAACAAGCAGUGAUGAAACAUCAAUUGAUACAGAUGAGAUAGAAACAUAUGUUCGCAAUCCAAUUAAACAAAACCAUAGUGCUGAUUCUUCAGCUGGAAAAAAACAUCAAAAUUCGAUUCAAAUCUCAGCAAAGAAAAUCAAUACAGCAUCGUCAGAAUCGAGAAGAUCAUUAUCAUUCAGUUUGAUUGAAUCAAAUGACGAAAAUAUUAAAUUAAUCGAUAUAUCAUCAAUAUCAACGUCAAGUUCAAAACCAAUAAAAAGUCCAUUCGAUAGAAUUGAAGAAAAUGGGGGUUUGAAUUUACAUACAGGUUCUAAUGGUGAACAGACUGUUUAUGAAUAUUUGUUAUAUAAAUAUCGUCAUCAAUUAGAUUCAGUUUCUAUUAAAUGGAAAAAUCAAAAUGGAGAAGCUCAUUUAUCUUAUGAUAUAUUAUUAAUUGAAAAUGGAAUAAAACAUUAUAUUGAAGUAAAAUCAACACGAACAAAUGAUCAACAUUCCGGCCAAUUAUCAAUUAAUAAAAUCAAAGCUAUUUUACAAUAA